ACUCACAAGAGACAGAGCCCAGCCAUGAGCAGAGGAGCGACCAAGGCUGCGGGCCGCACCCAGGAAAAUGUCUCCUCUGUCCUUCUUGUGCCACAGGAGAACCAGAAGGUGUUCCAACUGCUGGGGAGAAAGUGCAUGACACUGGCAACAACUGUGGUACAAUUAUACCUAGCACGAAGCAAUGACCAGUGGGUGAAGCACUGCUGUGGCGUUCUAUGUCUUGUGAAGGACAGCCCCAAACGUUCCUACUUCAUCCGGAUAUACAGUAUCACGGAAGAGAAGCUGAUUUGGGAACAGGAAGUAUACCAGCAGCUCGCCUACAACAAUCCUAGACCAUAUUUCCACACUUUUCCAGCAGAUGAAUGCCAGGCUGGUCUAAGUUUUGCAAAUGAAGAAGAAGCUAGCACAUUUCACUCUGUUGUCGAAGAGAAGUUACAGAAGAAGCACCACAGACAAGACAAACGCCAGAAUCUGCCACCACCUCCUCCAGUGUCAGAUGAAAGAAGAAGUACCUUACCCCUACCGCCGCCCCCUGGACCACUCUCCAAUGGUCCUCCAAGUCCUAUGCACCAAAUGCCCCCUCCCAGCAUGCCUGCCAUCAACAUCCAAAAUCCAGACAUCACUUCUGCCAGGUAUCGGGCCCUGCCUACUCCCUCUGACAAGUCCAAAAACAAAAAGGGCAAGAAGAAGUUCUCCAAAGCCGAUAUUGGUGCACCUAGUGGCUUCAAGCAUGUGAGCCAUGUUGGCUGGGAUCCCAAUAACGGUUUUGAUGUGAAUGCUCUGGACCCAGAACUGCGAAACCUCUUCUCUCAAGCAGGAAUCAGUGAUGCUCAACUGGAGGAUGCAGAAACAUCCAAAUUGAUCUAUGACUUUAUUGAGUCGCAUGGAGGAGUAGAAGCUGUGAAACAGGAGAUGAGGAUGGGAGAUACUCUCCCUCCACCUCCACCCUCCCGCAAUGCCCCACUGCCACCUCCACCAUCGCAAGGAAGGAGUAGAGCUGGUCCCUUGCCUCCCCCACCAACCAGAUCCAAUGUUCCCCCACCACCUCCUCCAUCUCGUAUCACUUCUCCUCCUCCUCCUUCUGGCUCACCGAGAGCACCUCCACCACCUAGAGGGAGUCCCGCUCCCGGUCCACCUCCUCCCCCUCCUCCACCACCUCCACCAGUAAUGCCACAGCCACAGAUCAGUGGUGGUCCUCCACCGCCGCCACCACCUACUGUAGGAAGUCCAGUUACACCACCCUCCACUCCAACUGGUAGAGGGGCUCUUUUGGACCAGAUAAGACAGGGGAAGAUGCUGAACAAGGUAACAGAACCGACGGAGGUCCCGUCCUCUCCUCUUUCGCAGUCUAGUUCUGAGGGCUUAGUAGGUGCUCUCAUGCACGUCAUGCAGAAAAGAAGCAAAGUGAUCCAUUCUUCCGAUGACGAUGAGGAUGAUCCAGGCGAGGACGAUGAUGAUGACGAAUGGGACGACUGA